AUGACUGUGAAGGACGAGGCCACUUAUGGCUCGGGCUCUUCCGCGACCGUGUCGAGUGUGAACAAAUCACAGCACACUGAGCGGAUGGACAUGAACGUGCUCGACGCCUACCGCAUGUCUGAAGAAUUGGUAUCGCGUGUCCAGCAAGAGCUGCAGAGAAAGAACAGUCGCUGCGUCAUGUACCAGCACGUGGCGGUUACAUUCGAUGGCGUGCGCAUCGACGGGGGUCCAGGAGAGCUGAGCGUGACAGAGCUAGAAGGGGGAGGCGUUGUGUGGUUGCAGACGCUGCAGUCGGCUUCGGACGCACUGGGGGUGGGCAGGAACGGGGAGCAGAACAUGACGAACAAGUCGGCGGUUGCGCUAUUUCUGUCUACCACACGAGUCGUUGAUGUGCUGCCGACUACAGUGCACGAUACGAAGAACGACUCAGUGCGGGGUGUGGAUAUCCAUUUGGUGGAUGGCCACCGAGUCAGCCUGACGUUCAAGCCAGAACCAUUUGCCGAAGCGAUGCACCGUGACGAGUUUUUGGCAAUGCUAACGGAACGCAUGAAGGACGCCGCGGCUAUGGAGACGACUGACGAGAUGACGUCGAAACGAAAAAAAGAAGAGCUCCGACGCUUUGUGAGGAGGUACACAAAGCUGGACGAGCAGAGUGCUGAAGGAUACGCAAUUGCUGAGCAGGUGUAUGCGAACACUGGAUAUCAUCUAGGACCCAUGACAAAGCAGGUACCCAAGUUUUCCGCCGAUCCAGAGUACCGCAAGAAAACCUUGGACAAGCUCAUGGUUUAUCUAAACCGAGCAAACCAGGAGUGGAAAGACGCAGACUCGCAGCGUGAAAUGCAUACGAAAGCAAAGCAUCGUCGAAACGAACACGGACUGUUCGAGUACACUGACACUGUUACGGGCACCCGUAUCCCUUUGCGGGAUUAUGAGCAACGGUACCUGGAGUAUACCAAUGCGCACGAGGUCGACCCAGUGCUUCAUCUAUUACGUGAUGAAGAAAACGAGGUGCACGAACGAAAGUCGCGUGACACGGUUGCUGAACGAGUAGCGCAACGAUCUGAGCCUUCGGAGUCGGGGAAGAAAGCAACGUCGUUGUUUAUGGCAACACUAGGAAUUGAUAUCGGCUCGAGUUGCAUCAUUGAUAACGACUUUUUCGGGUCCGGAGCAGAGCGUACGAUAUCCGAGAAGAUCGUGUGUAACGGUGAAGAUGUGGUUUUUCGAGCUGCAGUGAACGAUGCUCGGGAAAACGUUUGGAACAGCUGGUCCAGCGCUUUUGACCAGGUGUCUGGACACUACGCAAACCAGGCAAAACGAAGUCGUGCAAAUAAUCAGUCCCGCUUGAUAACCCGUGACACAGCAACGCGUAAACGUGCGCGAGAUAGACGACGAAGUCUCGUGCUUCCCAACUCUGCCGAUCUUGGGUCAAUCGUUGAAGCGAGUGUCGUGAAGACCUCAGAUGACACGAAUGUUGUAAUGUCAAGUUCAGACGACUUUCAUCAGCCGCCAAGCCGUAAGAAGACUCGAGUCAAGAACUCAGACCUCCCUAGAAGUUCCGACGAAAGGCUGAGCGCCACAGCACGGUAG